AGAAAGAGGAGAUAAGAAGGGAGCAGGCGGAGGACCUGUGAGGAACUGAAAGCAGAGGAGAGCGGCUGAGGGGAAAGGGAGGAGCACCAAGCAGACAGCAGGGUUACACAUGAGAAGUCUCAGAAGGAAUUAAAACUGAGCACAGAGAGGGAGCAGAGAAGGGAAGGAACAGGUAAAGUUGGUCGGGGUAGGUUUCAGUCUUACACAUCCUGACUAAUUGCCAGGUUUUCGUUUCCUCGGCGUGGUGAGAGAAAGCAAACAGAAAGCAAGAAAGGCAGCAAACAAAAAGAAACCACGGGACUAGAAAGCAGAAGUAACAAGGCGAGGGGGGGGGGAAGACACAGCGGUUGAACGGUCACACAUAAAGUGAGGAAGAGAGAGAGAAGAAGGAGAGCGGAGGAGUGUGAGCAGUGCAGCGAGGUGGUAGCGUAAGAAAACAAGAGGAGACUCAUUGACAGGCAGGACGGACUUAAAUCCACGGACUGCUGACAUCAGCAAAAACAAAGGAAGAGGAGCCUCAGGAAAGAGGUCACUGGCGUCCAGCAGCGGUGGAGCUCGCCUGUGGGCGUCUGCUAUGCAACCGAGACCAGGGAGAUAGACAGAUUCAAGCUCAGGCAAAGUUCACACAGGCAGACCUCACUCUAACAGUACCAUGUUGGUGAAAGAGUACCGCAUAUGUAUGCCACUGACUGUGGAUGAGUACAAGAUCGGGCAGCUGUAUAUGAUCAGCAAGCACAGCUGUGAGCAGAGCGGUGGGGGAGAAGGCGUGGAAGUGGUGAGAAAUGAGUCGAACGUUCACCCCCAGCACGGCCCGGGACAAGUGACCGAGAAGCGGAUCUACCUCAGCAGUAAACUGCCGUCCUGGGCGCAAGCGUUUGUCCCGCGAAUCUUCUACGUGACGGAAAAGGCCUGGAACUUCUACCCGUACACCAUCACAGAGUACUCACUAUCGUUCCUCCCCAAGUUCAGCAUCCGCAUUGAGACGAGAUUCGAGAACAACAACGGCGAUAACGACAACGUGUUUGGGGACACGCCGACCCCAGCGGAGAGUGUGAGUUUCCUGGAUAUCCUGAAUGACCCCAUCCCUGAAAAGCACUACAAAGAGGAGGAGGACCUGAGUCGCUGGCAGUCAAAUAAAACUGGCAGAGGGCCUCUGGAGGAGAGCUGGAGAGACGACCACAAGCCCAUCAUGUGCUCCUAUAAGAAGGUGCAGUGCAGCUUUGAGGUCUACGGCUUUCAGACCAGGACUGAGGAGUUCAUACACAGAAACAUCAGGGACAUUCUUCUGGUCGGCCACAGGCAGGCGGUAGCAUGGGUAGACGAAUGGCACGGGCUGAGUUUGGAUGAGGUGAGAGAGUACGAGCACAUGAUGCAGGAGAAGACCAACAGCAAAGUCAAAUCCAGCCAGAACAACCCAGGGCCACCAGCAGCCUCUCGUCCUCCGUUCUCUCGCUCCAUCUCGGUGACAGAUGAGCGCUCCCUGAAGAAGAUGGGAGUGACGACUGUGUCCAUGCCUGACCCUUCAGUGUCCUCAGUGCCACACUGCCCCAUGCGCCUGCACUCCACCCCUGAAUGAUGCUACACACAUGGCUACGCACACAGCUCCUCAAACAAACACACACACACACAUACACACAGAUCGAGCACUCUGCACAAUUCAAACACACAGAAACCCACAGUCAGCACUUACCAGAGUCAUGUUACCUCUCAAAUACACACAGUCCCAGAGUGGCAUGAUCCGUAAAGCACCAGCUCAACAUUUUGGGUAAAGACCUUGUUUGUUUAUAGAUGAGCAGAUCAUUGCCACUUAAUAUAAACCUACAGCCAGCAACUGGUUAGCUUAGCUUAACAGGGGGGGGGGGGGGGGGGGG